AUGCCUCAAUCUACAAUGGUACAUGGAACAGAGUCUUUGAUCCAGAAUCGCGUCCAGAUACACACCAGAUUCCCAACACCAAAUUGAGAGCCGCCAAUGCUCCAGCAGUCCACCUUCCGUUUCCCUGCUGGCCAUGAGAUGUUUUUGAGGCCUUUCUCCAUUUCACGCUGCUCUUCUCUUUACCCUUCUCGAACCCUAGCCAUGGCCACCUCCACUUUCUCCUCUGAGACGACCUCUUCUCCCUCCUCUGACCCCCAGCCUAACCAUCCGCCUGCUCCUCCGCCAUUGCAGGUAGCAAAGCGUCUGGAAAAAUUCAAGACAACUAUCUUCACCCAAAUGAGCUCGCUCGCCAUAAAACAUGGUGCGAUAAACCUCGGUCAGGGCUUCCCGAACUUUGAUGGCCCUGAAUUUGUCAAGGAAGCAGCCAUUAAAGCUAUAAAAGAAGGGAAGAACCAAUAUGCACGGGGUUUUGGUGUUCCUGAUCUUAACUCUUCGAUUGCCUCCAGGUUCAAGAAAGACACUGGUCUUGAUGUAGAUCCAGAAAAAGAAGUCACUGUCACUUCUGGGUGCACUGAAGCAAUAGCUGCAACUAUGCUGGGCUUGAUCAAUCCUGGAGAUGAAGUAAUACUUUUCGCCCCCUUUUAUGAUUCUUAUGAAGCUACCCUUUCAAUGGCCGGUGCAAAAAUAAAAGCCAUCACUCUCCGCCCGCCAGAUUUCUCAGUGCCACUUAAUGAGCUCAAAUCUGCCGUAACAAAGGAUACCCGUGCUAUACUUAUUAACACCCCCCACAACCCCACUGGAAAAAUGUUCAGCAGGGAGGAACUUGGAUUCAUUGCUACUCUCUGCAAGGAAAAUGAUGUAUUAGCUUUUACCGAUGAAGUUUAUGACAAAUUAGCAUUUGAAGAAGACCAUAUAUCUCUGGCUUCUUUACCAGGCAUGUAUGAAAGGACUGUGACUUUGAACUCUUUGGGGAAGACAUUCUCUUUAACUGGAUGGAAAAUCGGGUGGGCAAUAGCUCCCCCACAUUUAACAUGGGGUGUGAGGCAGGCACACGCGUUCCUCACUUUUGCCACAUCUACUCCAAUGCAGUCGGCAGCCUCAGUUGCACUCCGAGCACCAGAAAGUUAUUACGAAGAAUUGAAGAGAGAUUACAAGGUGAAGAAAGCCAUUCUGGUGGAUGGUCUCAAGGCUGCAGGUUUUAUUGUAUAUCCGUCGAGUGGAACAUACUUUGUUAUGGUAGAUCACACUCCGUUUGGAUUUGAAAAUGAUAUCGCCUUCUGUGAAUACUUGAUCAAGGAAGUUGGUGUGGUCGCGAUACCACCAAGUGUUUUCUAUCUCAACCCCGAGGAAGGGAAAAAUCUUGUGAGGUUUACAUUCUGCAAGGAUGAAGGAACUCUGCGAGCUGCAGUUGAUAGGAUGAAAGAAAAGCUGAGGAAGAUUUAAUUUCCAGAAGCAAUUACUCGUAUCAGUUGAUUGAUUUGAUCAUUUGAUAAAUGGUAAUUUUCAUGGAUUUCUUGCGGAAACCUUGAAAUAUUGCUAAUUAUUUUUGUGCUUAGACAAUCCUGUUUUAAAACUGCAGUAUUUAUUUGGAUUGAAGCCUUGCAGGUUUUGGGGUGAA